CUGUCGUUUUGAGAGAAGAAGAAGGUCCACAGAAGAAGAAGAAGAAGAAUAUUAUUAAUGGGUUUGUCUCACAGCUCCAGCGCCCCUCAGGUGAUCCUGAUGGGUUUGGACUCUGCAGGUAAAUCCACUCUGUUGGCCCGGCUGCUGACCGGACAGGUGAUGGACACGUCUCCCACCAUCGGCUUCAACGUGGGGACUCUGGAUCUGGACAAGAAGACGUCUCUCACCAUCUGGGACGUGGGGGGGCAGAAGAGCAUGAGAGCCAACUGGAGGUUCUACCUGGAGGACUGCCGGGCCCUGGUCUUCGUCGUGGACAGCAGCGACCCGGCUCGACUGCCUGAGGCCCAGAAGGUCCUGAAGAAGGUUCUGAGUGAGGAGAACCUCCGAGACGUUCCUCUCAUGGUUCUGGCCAAUAAGAAGGACCGGCCCAACUCCAUGACCAUCAGGGAGGUCUCUCAGCAGCUGGACCUGGCUCAGUACGGGGACCGGCUGUGGGAGAUCCAGGCCUGCAGCGCUGUGCAGGGUCUAGGCCUCCAGCAGGCCUUCCUGUCCGUGCACAAGCUCAUCAAGAAGACCUGAAGACCUGAACACCUGAAGACCUGCAAAGACC